AUGACCAUUUAUGCACCAUUUUUCACCCUACAGAGGCUUCCUUUAAAUAUCAAUUUGACUGUGAAUACAGUGAAGGAAUUUGUUUUAUUUGGAAUCACCAACCGCCCUGAGCUGCAGGUGCCCCUCUUUGCUAUCUUCCUCUUGAAUUACAGCAUCACUCUAAUGGGAAAUCUGGGCAUAAUCCUUUUGAUUCAGACUGACAGACAGUUGCAUAGCCCUAUGUAUUUCUUCCUCACCCACUUGGCAUUUGUUGAUCUCUGCUAUUCCUCGGUUAUUGCCCCCAAAAUGCUGGCAAACCUCUUAGCAGUUAAGAAAACCAUUUCAUUCCAUGCUUGUGCAGCUCAGCUGGGCUCUUUCUUGACUUUCAUGAUCACAGAGUGCUUCCUGCUGGCAGUGAUGGCCUAUGACCGCUAUAUUGCCAUCUGCAACCCACUGCUCUAUCUAUCCAUCAUGUCCCAGAGAGUCUGCAUCCGGUUAGUAGCUGCACCUUAUAUAUAUAGCUUUUCUGUUGCCCUGUUCCACACCAUCGUUACAUUCCGACUAUCAUUCUGUUCUUCAAAUGUGAUUAACCAUUUCUAUUGUGAUGAUCUCCCGCUCUUGGCCCUCUCCUGUUCUGAUACCAGGACCAAGCAAAUACUGAUCUAUGCUUUUGCUGGCUUUGAUAUGAUAGUCUCCCUUCUUAUUGUUCUUAUCUCUUAUGUGUUUAUUCUGUCUGCCAUCCUAAGAAUCAGCUCUGCUCAAGGACGACACAAAGCUUUCUCUACCUGUGCUUCUCACUUGACAACUGUCACCAUCUUCUAUGGAACUUUGAUCUUCAUGUAUUUGCAGCCAAGCACGAAUCACUCCCUAGGUACUGAUAAAAUAGCUUCAGUUUUCUACACACUUGUAAUCCCCAUGUUGAAUCCCAUGAUCUACAGCUUGAGAAACAAGGAGGUUAAAGAGGCCCUGAAGAGAAGAAGAGAGAGACUUCUGGUUCGUCAUUAA